AUGGUCUACACUACCGACGGUUUCACCUGGACACCCUCCGCCGGCCGCCGCAACGGCCUCCCGACCAUCGGCGUCGUCCAGCCUCCAGAGUACUCUAUCCAGCCAGACGACGACGUGCACGAUGUCAUUGUCAUUGGCGCCGGAUACGCCGGCCUCAUCGCCGCUCGGGAUCUGACCACCCAAGGCAAGACCACGCUGCUCCUCGAGGCCCGCGACCGGCUUGGCGGGCGCACCUGGAACGCGACCAUCAAUGGCUUCCACUACGAAGUGGGAGGGACCUGGAUCCAUUGGCACAUGCCGCACAUUUACCGCGAGAACCCGGGCAGCAAGGAGGACUACUUUACAGCCACGACGGGCCAUGAGCAGCGCAACAUGUCGCACGAGGAAGAGGCUGACAUAGCCGGCCGCGUCCUGCGCAUCUUUUGCAACCUCGACGGCGACGACCUGAAGCACGCGUGGCAGUACCCCCUCGGCACCACCCAGCCGUCCGCCGCCCUGCUGGCGCAGUGGGACCAGCGCUCCUGCCAGGACCGCCUAGACGAGGUGCACGACCGGCUAUCAGCCGAGGAGCGGAGCGUGCUCGAGGCGCAGCUGCUGCAGAUGGGCGGCGGGCGCAGCCUGGACCGCAUCGGGCUGCUCGGGGCGCUGCAGUGGUGGGCGCUCGGCGGGCACACGCCGACGGGGCUCAACGACACUGCGCUGCACACGCGCCUCCGCAGCGGCCAGAGCGCGCUGCACCGCCGCGUCUUUGCCCACGCGGCGUCGACGGGCCGGCUCUCGCACCGCUUCUGCGCGCCGGUGCGGCGCGUCGAAGACCGGGGGGACCUGGUGGCCGUCACGCUGCGCGACGGCCGCGUGUGCACGGCCCGCGCCGUCAUCUGCACCGUCCCGCUCAAUGUGCUCGCCGGCGUGGAGUUUGUGCCCGAGCUGCCGCCGGACAAGGCCGCGGCCGUCAGGCACAGGUCGGUCAAUCGCUGCAUCAAGGUCCACGUCGACGUCAACGGGCCCGACUGGCUGUCGUGGUCCGCGCUCGGCACCCCGGGCAGGGGCUUGGUGUCGGCGUUUGGGGACCACCUGACGAAUGCGGGCAACUCGCACCUCGUGUGCUUUGGGCCCGACCCCGAGGCGCCGGCGGGCAUCUCGCUGGGGGAUGUCGAGGCCGUCCAGGCGGCCGUGACGCAUCUGCUGCCCAAGGACAAGCAGGCAGGGGUCAUCAUCAACCGCAUUGUCUCGCACGAUUGGAACAAGGACGAGUUUUCAAACGGCACGUGGUGCUUCAUGGGCCCAGAGGCCACCAGUAAGUACCUGUCGGCCCUGCAGCGGCCGCACGGCAACAUCUUGUUUGCCAGCGCCGACUGGUCGAAUGGCUGGCGCGGCUGGAUCGACGGCGCUGUCCAGAGCGGGAUGGAGGCGGCGAGGGCACUCACGCAGACGAAGGACGUGUCUGGACACGGUGUUUUCGGCACUAGCAAGAUGACCAACGGAGUCAAAUAA